AUCUGAGCGGGCUGCCGGAGUCUAGUUUCUAGUAAACAGGUUUGCAGUACUGGAAGAUCAUUAAAUAGACCCUCUGUUUAUCGAAGGAGUGAAGUUUCAAAUACCUGGAUCUUAGUUGCAAGCUUCCCAUUUCAGAUUUUCGCAAACCUUUGCUUCUCGUUCUGGGGCUAGGGAGAGAGGAAUCUGGCGGUUUGGAUUGGGUUUGUGUGUUUUGGAUGGGUGAACGGGACUGGCUUUUGAAUCUGUCUGGAUGGGAUGUACAGUGAGUUUUAUUUGCUGUGAAGACGAGUUCCUGCAGAUGCCUUUGGGUCAUCAUGAGGAAAAAAAGAAAGAAACGAGUCUGCUCACAAAGCCCGAGGAGUUUGAGGCAGCCCACUCCCACACGUUCCGAGUGAAGACAUUUAAGAAGGGGAAGCACUGUGCUGUGUGCAAGCAGACUGUCAGCAAGGAGGGGCUCACCUGCCGGGUUUGCCGACUGGCUUGUCACAAGAAAUGUGAAUCUAAGGUAUCCACGUCCUGUGUGCCUACUGCAAACUACGAACUGCCUCCCAGUAAUGAUAUUGCACUGAAGCAUGUAGACACAAUGGGUUCAACAAAAUCGACCAAGAGUGUGGAAUCCCGACCCAGACCUUCACGGAGCCUGAGUCUAAUCCAAGCCAUGGAUGAGGGCUACGACGUGGAUCUGGUUUACAUCACAGAGCGCAUCAUUUCCGUCUCGUUCCCGAGUGGCGCUGAGCAGCAGAGCUACAGGGCCAACCUGAAGGAGGUGGCGCAGAUGCUGAGGUCCAAACAUGGAGCCAACUACUUGCUUUUUAACCUCAGCGAGAAACGAUAUGACAUCACCAAGUUCAACCCAAAGGUGUUGGAUUUUGGCUGGCCAGAUCACCAUGCCCCAGCGCUUGAUAAGAUCUGCAGCAUCUGUAAAGCCAUGGACACUUGGCUCAAUACAGACCCUCACAAUGUGGUGGUUCUGCAUAACAAGGGUAAUCGUGGACGGACUGGUGUGGUCAUAGCAGCUUACAUGCACUACAGCAACAUCUCUGCCAGUGCAGACCAAGCGCUGGACAGGUUUGCUAUGAAGAGGUUUUAUGAAGACAAAGUACUUCCUGUAGGCCAGCCCUCCCAGAAGAGAUACAUACAGUACUUCAGCGGCUUGUUGUCAGGAGCCAUCAAAAUUAACAACAAGCCUUUGUUUUUGCAUCACGUAAUCAUGCAUGGGAUCCCAAACUUUGAAUCCAAAGGAGGUUGCCGCCCUUUCCUCAAGAUUUAUCAGGCAAUGCAGCCAGUCUACACAUCUGGGAUCUACAAUGUCCAAGGAGAUGGCCAAACCAGUAUCUGCAUCACCAUUGAACCAGGGCUGCUUCUCAAAGGAGAUAUUCUGCUGAAGUGUUACCACAAGCAGUUCCGCAGCCCAACACGUGACGUCAUUUUUCGAGUGCAGUUCCACACCUGUGCCAUCCAUGACCUGGGGGUUGUCUUUGGCAAAGACGAGCUUGACGAAACCUUUAAAGAUGACAGGUUCCCUGAAUAUGGAAAAGUGGAGUUUGUCUUCUCAUUUGGGCCAGAGAAAAUACAAGGAAUGGACCACCUGGAAAAUGGCCCCAGUGUCUCGGUGGACUACAACACCCAGGACCCUCUCAUCCGCUGGGACUCCUAUGAGAACUUCAAUCAGUGCUGUGAGGACACCAAUGAAGAACUUCACACACAAGGUCCACUUGACGGUAGUAUUUACGCCAAGGUUCGCAAGAAGGAUUCUAUUGCCGGGUGUGGGGGUGCAGUCAGUGCCAACGGCAUCCCAGCAGUCGAUCACGCUCUGUCGGUCAGCAGUGACUCUGGAAACUCCACCGCCUCCAUUAAGACGGACCGGACCGAUGACCCUGGACAGCAGGCAGUGACAGUCACCCAACCUCUGAGCCCAGAGGAGAAGAAAGAGCUAGAUCAACUUCUGAGUGGCUUGGAGGUGCCCAUGCAUCGACAAGCUUUACUGGUGGCAGCGGCAGGAGGGGGUGGAGGAGGAGUGCGGCAUCUAGUGCCGGCACAAGUUCACGUAAAUGGGCACAGUGUCGAGCGGGAGACUGACAUCCUGGACGAUGAACUGCCUAACAGCCAGGAAGCUAACAGCGUGGACAGCUUAGGAACACUCUCUUCCUUUGAAGGCCGAGCAACGCCGGCAGAGCUGUACUAUCAAACCGAGACAGUUAUAAAUGGACAAGAAGGUCAGUAUCUGGAGAAGACCAUGCUAGAGAAGCUGCCUGAGCAUCAGAUUCGAAGCUCGUCCUCGGUUCAAGAACGCAUUAUGGACACUUCCCUGGUUUCACCGCAGAGUUACACUAACCAAAAUGGUGGCAUUUACCGCUCACAGUCCUUUGGUUCUGCCACUGUUCCCAGCUAUGAUCUUGCACCUAAGCUGAUGCCUAGAGCUCCAGCCAGAAGCACAAGCAGUAGAGAUGCAGUGCAGAGGGGUCUGAAUGUCUGGCAACAGCAGGGGCAACCGGACGAGGUGGCCCCAAAGGCAGCCCUCUUCAACCCAGUUCUGCAGAGCCACAGUCUGCCCGAGUUCCCAGGCAUGGCUUCCCAGCAGGAGAUUGAACAGUCCAUUGAGGCGCUUAACAUGCUCAUGCUCGACCUGGACCCGGCCUUGACCCAGGUGCCCAAGUCGAACAGCGCUCCCCUGUCUUCUGCUUCAGUCUCGGUGGGGGAUAACAGUGUGGUCACUACUCAGCCUGGCAUCUCCGCUCAGGCACCAACCAGAUCCUUCAACGCUUUCCAAGCAGAUACGUAUGUUCCAUCCUACUCAGAAGACCCGUCUACCACAUUUGGUCAAAUGCAACAAAGGCCUUCCAAUGCUUACCCACCAAGCACUGCAGGCCCAUCUUACAUAACAGAUCAGUCUGCCACAUUAGGUCGAGCACAUCCCUCCAAUACUUAUCCUGUGAGUACGGUGGCACAGGCUUAUUCAACAGAACCAUCGCCCACAUUCAGCCAAGAGCCACAGAGGUCUGCCAGCACUUGCCAAGCUAGCACUGCCGUCCCAUCCUACCCACCAGAACCUUAUAACUCCUUUAAUCAAGUGCAACAGAGACCAUCUAAUGCUUACUCAGCAAACAACACAAUCCCUUCUUACACAACAGAACCAUCCAACGCAUUUGGCCAACUGCAACUGCGACCUCUCAACACCUACCCUGUAAACACAGCAUCCCUGGCCUACUCCCCUGACCUUCAGGAGCUUGAUUACCACAUCUCCUCCCCAUGCCUUCAAGGACCCCCUCGCAGCCAGAGUGUGGGUGGGGGCAGUGCCUCGUCCUCUCCUCUCCCCCCUCUAAACUCCCAGUCACCUGUCUUACCCAAGGCAGCAGAGCCAGAUGAGGAACGCUACAACCUGGAAGGGAUUGUGGCCCACCGCGUGGCUGAGUACAACGCUCGGAUCAAUGGCAUCUGUCAAAGCAUGAACCCUCGACCAUCUCUCCAUCGCCUCCGUUCUUACUCCUUCUCCGGUGUAAGAUCCCGCGGAAUGUCUCCUGAGGAAUCGUCUGCUCCUGUGAGGCGUCGAACGACCAGCGAGGGACAGUAUGAGAACAGGCAGGAUACAGGCUCCGGCCACGGCAGCACUGUCCGCUCCCCGAUUCGCUGCGUCUCUCCCGAGGUGGUGAACUCCAUUGCUGCUAACCCGGGGGGAAGACCAAAGGAGCUUCACAUGCACAGUUAUCGAGAAGCAUUUGAAGAAAUGGACGGGGCUCCUCUAAGUCCCACGGCCAGUAGUGGUGGUGAGGUUUUCCCCCAAACCCCAGCUUUUCCCGUCUCACCUCAAACCCCUUACUACAACCUGACUCGCUCACCCCCUGGCCUCACGAAAACUCCCCUGUCAGCCCUGGGACUAAAGCCCCACAACCCAGCUGAGAUCCUACUGCAGCAAUCUGGACAAGAUGCAGAAACUAGCCCUUUACAUGAAACUGAGGAAGAACCCAGGAGUUACGUGGAGUCUGUCGCCCGGACUGCCACAGGGGGAGGUGGCCAGCAGAGCUCGCCAGUGCCAGUGAGCUACAGUCCUGAGAGGCAUGCAGCCCCAUCCCAUGCCUUCACCUCCCCCUUGUCCACCAGCAGCCCCAUCCACAGUGUUGACUGCAAUUAUCCCUCUGCUGACAGCAGUGUACGGAUGGGCACCCCCACAAACCCAACGGUCGACACGAGUUUCCGCUCUCAACCAUCAGAGAGCACCUACCGCACACCAACUCCUUCCUAUCCAGGAAUGGGCGGCGUGCCGGGCAGCUACGUGGGUCCUGACUACAGCCCCUACCAGUCUGAGGGUCCUCAGGUUAGCGUAAUGGGUGUCCACAAUGUGCCUGGGAGCCCCCACACUCUCCACCGAACAGUGGCCACUAACACACCUCCAAGCCCAGCCCUGGCAAGAAGGAUGGUCAACCAGGGGAGCCCAGCUAUGGGACGCCACGUGGUCGCUGCAAACAGUAGUGAACCUGGCACUCCAAACAGUCCCAUACUCGGCAGGCAUCCAGUGGUGACACAAAUGACCCCAGGAAGCUCAAGUCUGGAGAGACACAUCAUGUACGGUUAUUCCAGUCCAGACGAGAGGCAUGGCACACUGUCACGGCAAAGCAGCUCGUCUGGAUACCACCCCCCCUCAACACCAACCUUCCCCAUCACCCCGGCUGGCUAUGCAGAAAGCACGGGGCUCAGCCAGGGCAGCCCAGCCCCUCAACCUGUGCUCCCAGAGAAGAGACGCAUGUCCAGUGGGGAGCGCACCAACGGCGUGUUGUCCUACGAUACUCUGAAUGGAAAGAUGUCCUCGCCAGUUUCCAGUGGGGGUAGCACGCCCAGCACAGCAUUCUCCCACACUUUGCCAGACUUUUCCAAGCUCACUAUGUAUGAUGGAAGCCCGGAGACCAGGGCCAAUGUGAAGUUUGUGCAGGAUACGUCCAAGUUCUGGUACAAGCCUGAAAUCUCCCGUGAGCAAGCAAUUGGCCUGCUGCGCGAUAGGGAUCCAGGAGCCUUUGUGAUCCGAGACAGCCACUCGUUCAGGGGUGCCUAUGGUCUGGCCAUGAAGGUAGCAUCUCCUCCCCCCACCGUGGUGCAGCAAAACAAGAAAGGUGACAUAACCACUGAGCUGGUGAGACACUUUCUGAUAGAGACAAGCCCCAAGGGGGUGAAACUUAAGGGGUGCCAGAAUGAACCUUACUUUGGGUGCCUGUCUGCAUUGGUGUACCAGCACUCCAUCACACCACUGGCUCUGCCUUGCAAGCUUGUUAUCCCAGCACAAGAUCCUAAUGAUGACACCCCAGAAACAUCAACACCCUCAAAUUUGGCCUCAGAGCUUCUAAAGCAGGGAGCAGGACAGAGAGUCCCUCCUGCUGCCCAUGCAUGUAAUGUUCUCUAUUUAAACUCCGUGGACAUGGAAUCUCUUACCGGUCCCCAGGCCGUUGCCAAGGCGAUCUCAGAGACUCUCUCAGCGAAUCCUCCACCCACAGCCACCAUCGUUCACUUCAAAGUAUCUACACAAGGCAUCACCCUCACUGACAACCAGAGAAAGCUUUUCUUCCGUCGCCACUAUCCCAUAAACACAGUCACGUUCUGUGACCUGGAUCCACAGGAGAGAAAAUGGAACAAGGCUGACGGUGGCACAGCAAAGUUCUUUGGAUUUGUGGCUCGUAAACAAGGAAGCACGACAGAUAAUGUCAGCCACCUCUUUGCAGAGAUGGACCCAGACCAGCCUGCCACCGCUAUUGUCAACUUUGUCUCCAAGGUGAUGCUCGGCAACCAGAAAUGAUGUGCUCCCAGUGUCGGACAUUUUGUGUUUCAUGAGUCAGGAGGUGUUUUUUUUUUGUUUGUUUGUUUAUUUUUGUAUUUUCUGUAAUUGUUCAUUUGUGGUGUUCUUGGAAGGACUUGGAGUUGAUCCGAGAUGGAGAUAGAGAAAGUGCAUCAUGGGAUAGUGGCUGUGCUGAUGGUAGGGGAAGAUCUUGAUGUAUCGCAAACAAAAGAAAAGGUCAGGGAACUUCCUUUUGAUGGGAAGUAACAAAAGCAAAGUUGAGCGAAUGGGAUACUGAAAUCUAACCAGCUUUUGGAUUGAUUAAUCAAAUCUAGGCAUUUAAAAAACAGACCUUGACAGUUUUAACAUAUAAAACAUACCUUACAAACUGUGGUUUCUGUUUGAAGAUAUUGGUCUUUAACAGUGUGUAGAAAAUUACAAAUGGCAUCUACUCAUUCUUAUGAAGAGAAAAUAAUAUACAUGUACACUUGGUGUACCAAUAAAAUGUAUAUAGUCAUUUAUAAUGCCCAGAAUGGUCACUGGGCUCUGUUAACAGGUAGUGGAUGCUUAAAGGGCUGUAGAUAUCUUCACUCCUCUAAAUACAGUCAACCAAAUCUGUAUUGGAUGGAGGCAACACCUUGUAUUGGUUGGUAACUGCCAUGGUAGAUCUGAGAUUCAUCCCAGAACAUGGAGAUUUCAGUAGACGGAGGUGGAGUACUCUUGCUGGCAGACUCCUGAAUGUAUUGUGUUUAGCUGUAGUCUUGUUUUUAGGCUUUGCUUUGCUUUGCUUUCUAAAGAGGCUACAUGCUUGGUAGAAUAAACAUUUGAAAUGGCUUUUCCUGCUUAAACACACACUGUUCUUCAAGAGAGACUCAACACCAGAUGCAAGUCAAAGUGCAAGUGGAGUCCUUUUUAACCCCAAAACAUAUUUUUCAGAUUUAGACUAAUAUUUAGUGUUACCCUGCCUUAUUCAGUGUUAGAACUAAAAUAACUGAUAGAUAUGCCUACACCAACUAUGAUAUGUUGCUUGUAGAAAUGUCAACCGUGCAAACCCAGCCAGGGGAAUAUAAAAUUCUAUGUUAAACCCCUGUCGGUUUUUGGUCUAUUUGCAAAAAGACUCUCAUGUCUUUGAAGCCUGAGCUGAAGACUUACUGUUUCUCUUAGUAGGCUUUUUUUUUCCAUAGAAAAAGCAAGAUAAACAGAUGGAAGAUUACUGAAUGAAAUGUAUUUUUAUUUUUAUUUUCUGGAAGUAUUAGAAUUGAAGAACCUUUUUUGAGUUUUGCAGGACAAGCCAUUUUCACUGUUCAAGGGUAGCUCUUCUCUCUUUAGACACAAAUACAAAUAUAGCUACAACAUCCUGUAUGCAUAGAAAUAUUCCUAUCACUGCUCAAGAAAUGGCCUUAUAAAUAUAUGUUAUACCGAAAAGUUAAGUAAGCUAAUCAAAUAUAUUAAAACAAAUAUAUAUAUUUAGUUUCUUUAAGAAAUAUUUAUUUUUUGCCAUGCCGUGCUGUUUUAACUCGUAUAUAAAAAUCAUGUAUAGUAAAGCAUUUAAAAAAAUAUAUAUUUUGGCUAAAAAUUGACAGAUUUUAACAACAUUUAAGAAAUAUAAGAUGUAAAAUGUAUGUAUGUUAAAGCUUGUCACUAUAUAUUUGGAAUAUUGUUUUUUUUCACUCCUUUAUUGUUUAUUCUUUCAUAAUAUUUUUCUGUGUUAGUUGACAAUAGGCAUGUGAAGGGUUAAAUUCACAGGAAGGAUAGAAAAGAAAGAAACAUGCCUAUCCUUGUUUUAGAUCUAUGUGAAUAUAUGCAUUGUAUGUGUUUUAGUACUAAAGUAAAAUAUGUUAUAAGGGCAACAUAAGGAACAAACAUGUAUUGGUGUAUAUACUAAUAAAGUUAUAAGGAAGGCCAGGAUUUUUUGCACUUGACAGGUUUAAAAAGUAGUUCAACAGACAAGCACACAGAUCAAUAGAGUUUAGUCUUGGCGUGAUUUAUAAUUGGGCUUUUGAAUUUAUGGAUAAGGAAUUGAAUCCCACAUUUUCCACAUUGGUCUGUUUGUUUUACUUACUAAGAGCAACUGUUUUCAAAAAGUAAAAAAAAAAAAAAAAGUACAGUAACAGGAAGGAAAUGUUGAAUGAAGAAUUGUGUCAAGUGCAUAGAACCUGGAAUGUCUUUUAAGAAGUGUGAUUUGGGGUUGAAUUGCUGGUGGGAGUUCUCUCUGUAAAAAGGAGCAAGUUAUAAAAGAGCGAAGUGCAGGAAUGAGGCAUGCCUGGUCAUUUAGAAUCCAGCCACCUCGUACUGAAAAAUAAAUGCUAUAGUGUACAGUGUGCCUUUGCUAUAUUCAUAAAAAGAGAAGUCUAACAUUGUCUACUAAAAUAGAAAGAUUAAAACAUCACAUUUAGACUCACAGUACUUCAAUUAUAAAGUAUUUUUUAUCAGAACAAUGUGAUUAUUAUUAUUAUUAUUAUUAUUAUAUUAUUAUUAUUAUUAUUAUUAUUAUCUUUUUUUUUUUUAAUAGCAACUAGGUGCCUGACAUUGAUCUACUUUCUACAUUAGAAUCCAGACAGCAGUUUCUGAAAUAUCUUUUCCAACAGAGACAAUGGUCUUUGGAAAGUCUUGGAUUCAAGUUUUAAAGUUAUCUUGGCUUAAGAUUUGCUGCCAUCUUCUGUUGCAAACUGCUAUUACAAUUUAGCAUUCAAAAGAGAGCGAGCUAGAAAACAUGCCUUAUUGCAAGCUUCACUGUACCGUACUCCACUGCAUACUGCUGUAACUGAACAGAACGGUGAUGUCUUUGUUUGUAAUAGCUGUUGUGAUAAAAUGUAUAUUGCAAACACCAUUCUACUGUAUUCUGUACAUUAUAAUAAGAGACAUGUCUAUAUCAGAGAUGAAUUUUAGUACAGCCUCUAAUUUUUCUAGCUUUCCAAUCCCUGGGCUGCUUUGUCACAGGAGGACAACUGAGCAUUUCUAAGCUAACCCAGGCUUGCCAUGGACACCUCGGCUCACUUAACACUGAACUUACCUCUAUCAUUCUAGAUUUGGCAGUGAAAGACACCAGAGGAAUACUCCUGCGGACAUCUAGCUAUACCCAAUGAGACACAUUUGAGAUAUUCUGUACAGCUGAGAUAUUGGUCAGUUAUCCCUAGUCUUCAAGAGGAGCAUACCUAAGCAUACCUGAACAUGCUGAAGGACAAUAUACUUAAUUUCUUUUUUAGACUUGAAUGGGUAGUGAGUAUUUUAUGAACCACAAGAGUUUCUCUUAAAAUAUAAAUCCCCCUAGUCCUCAAAGAAAGUGUGUCCUUUUUUUUUUUUUUUUUUUUUUCAAAACUAUCUAAGCGUUCUUCGCAGAGCAACAAAGCGAAGUAAGCGGAAAACAUUGCUGUAGGGCUUUUGUAAAUGGUGCCACUUUGUUAAAGCAAAGCAUUGCACACAAGGAAACAGAGAAAGUAUUUUUUUUUUAUUUAUUUAUUUUUUAACACAGAUAAAAUUACCACUUACUAAGAGCCCAGAAACACAAACACAUAUAUGCACGUGCCAAAGAAAGAAUUGAAAUCGCACUCCCUGCUAUUAGUACAGAAUUCCUCUUAUGUUAUCUUUCUCUUAAACCACCUUGCUGGAAUAUCUAUGUUUAUAGAAAUGUUUCUACAGUUACAAAACAGACAUAUAGUCGGUUUAUAAUAGAAAACCCACAUUUAUUCAAUAAUCUUUAACAAGGUUUCACAAAUGUCCCGACUUGGGAUUUGUUGUAGUUUUGUUAUUCAUGAGUUCAUGGAUUUCAGGGUUACAUUAGUAGCUUUGGGGAAGUUUUAUUAUUAUUAAUAUUAUUAUUAUUAUUUCGCAUCGUAGCUUGCUUUUAAAAUGUACCCUCCCUCAACUCCUUUUGAAAGAAGUGGUAACAUAUGGUACUUGUAAUUUGGUGAAUUCAGCCCCACUAAAAGCUUUAUGCACUUAAAAGGCUGGGGAAGGCAGCUAAACCGAAAGAGCAGUUAGCGAGUAGCAGAUGCACCGAGGCAAUAUGCAAUCAAAUUAAAUACUUUCACCUGAUUACUACUUUGACUAGAUUACAAGCAUGCCUAAGCACUUAAUAUUUCUUGAAAUGUCUUCCUUUUUUAAACUACAGACAGUAUAUAAAUAUUAUGUAAUGCACUUAAACUGUGUUUAACUGAUACAUAGCCGUGGAUAGUAGUUUAAGGAUAUACUGUAUUAACUCCAAUGUGCCAAAGAAUGUAAACAUUUUCAAUUUUCUUUGUACUAUAAGUCUUCUUUAUUUGUUUAAUUAUAUUAAAUUCAGUUUAAAAAUAUAAUACAUUAAAUGGUAUGUAUGUUAAUUAUUAGAUUAUAACAGUUAUAAAUUAUAAAUCACAGCUUAUAUAUGUUUUUGUCUGGAAAAUGAUAGCAUGUGUUAGAAACUGUUGUCGAAAUACAUCCUGCAAUUUGUUCUGAUGUGUAUAGCUCAGUUUAGCUUCUUUUGAAAUUCAGCAGUCGGAAUGAUUCAGUAAUUUCUGAUUCAAUGAUUCCUCCCAGAUAGCAGCGUGCAUUUACAUGCAAAUACACCAUUUUUAUAGUACACAUCUGAAGCUCUGAAAUCGCAGGAGAAUGCCAUUCAAGUAUUUCAAAUCUUAAAAGAAACUAUCAAACUCUAGCCAGUACUUUCAGUUCAGUAUAGAACUGGGGAUGAGAGAACACAGUUGGAAAUUAAGUAGAGACUUCAAGUGGGACAGAGACUAAGAAAUACUCCUUUACGCAGAGAGUGGAAUGGAUUAACUAUCCAUGUUGUGAUGCCAAAUCAUUGAGAUCAUUUAAUCGACUAGACAAAAUGUUGAGAUCAACCAGCUACUAGAAACACUGACUGACCAAAUGGUUCCCUCUCAUUCGUAAUUUUCUUAUUUAUAAAAAAAUAAAAUAGUGCCAGCAAAGUGGUUUAAACUUUGUUUUUGUUUUGAAUUAUAUUUUCUAUUUUUUGUAUUGCAUUUCCAUUGCUGCCAUUGUCUCCUUGUGCAAACUUGCUAAUCAGUGUUAUAUCUUACUGAUAAAAAAGAAAACUGAAGAAAUACGAAGAAAUGACAACCCCCUGUUUCUGUAUUUAUAUAGAUAGGAUUUUAUAUCCCUACCUGCUUGUUUGCAAUAUCUGUUUUUGGUACAGAAUGUGUGAAUGUGCUAUCAUGGCUGUACAGAACUCUUGUGUAUUUUACUUUGCAUAUUAUAUUGUAUGGCUUUAUUGUUUCUGAAAAAAAUAAUAAUACAAGAUAAAUAAAAAGCAAUACAAAUCA